AAUUAUUUUUUCAGAUAUUGUGAUUGCAAUAUGAUUCCCAAUGAGAGGGAAUGAUCAUUUUUGCAUCAUAUUUUACCUUGAAAAUGGCUGCUUCUACCAUUUGAAUAUUGCACUUUACCGUAUUGUAAUUUUGAUAACAUAAGUUCCUGUAAGUAAAGUUUUUAGGCUUGCUCAAAUACGCUUCACAGAAUAGGUGACACACGUGGCAAUCCUUUUGUUUAGCAGUAGCUGUGAUUAAGGCAUUUAUAGGUGUCAUUAGAAACUGACUUCAUGCAUCACAGAAAUCUUUGAAAGUGUUUAGUGGCAGGGAGGCAGAAACCACAUCCAGGAUACAGAGGCUCACUUCCCACGCAGUGAUUUAGAAGAAGUCAAAGGUCCCCCCUGUUGUCACAGAAGUCAUGGACGAGCAGACUGGCUCUCCUGGAGCCAACACCGAAAACAACGGGCAGAGAAAUGGAGAUGAGAAGCCCCGACGUGGCAGCUGGACCAAGGGGAGGAAGAGGAAGAAGCCAAUGAAGGACAGCAAUGCACCCAAGGCCCCCCUAACGGGCUACGUUCGUUUCAUGAACGACCGACGGGAGCAGCUACGGGCAGAGCGUCCAGACGUGCCCUUUCCAGAGAUUACGAGGAUGCUGGGCAACGAGUGGAGCAAGCUGCCCCCCGAGGAGAAGCAGCGAUACUUGGAUGAGGCGGAGCGAGAUAAGGAGCGGUACAUGCGGGAGUUGGAAAAGUACCAGAAGACAGAGGCCUACAAACAUUUCACCAGGAAGGUCCAGGAGAAGCAGAAGGGCAAGCGACACAGGGGAGAUGGUGGGCACCAGGUAUCCAAUGAGGCCCUUCAUGAGAAGGAUGGAGAAGGGAAGGACAGGGCUGUGUUUGACAUACCAAUCUUCACAGAGGAGUUUCUCAACCACAGCAAAGCACGUGAAGCCGAAAUGCGGCAACUGCGUAAGACUAACAUGGAGUAUGAAGAGCGCAACGCAGCGCUGCAGAAACACGUGGAGAGCAUGCGGGGGGCAGUAGAGAGGCUGGAAGGCGACGUGAUGCAAGAGCGGGGACGCAACGGGCUCCUCCACCAACACCUGGAGACCCUGCGCCAAGCGCUCACCUCUAGCUUCUCCUCCUUACCUCUGCCAGGUAGUGGAGAGACUCCCAGUCUUGACACCAUCGACUCCUACAUGAAGAAGCUUCACAGCAUCAUCGUCAGUAACCCCCAAGAACACGAAAAUCUCAUCAACACUGUGAGAGACGUGGUCAACCGCUUGGACAGAUAAUUGGACCAAGUCCAACCGAUUUGAUGGAUUGAGAUUCACAGUGACGUUGAGUAGACGCCGCUCCUUGGCAGCGACUCUUCCUGUCGAUCUGUCAUCCCAAUUGAUUUUAAAACAUCUUUUAUUACUCUGCUAAGGUGAUGUAGGUGAAGGUGAUGUAGCUUCUCAUAUUUAUUUAUUAUUUUUACAUAUUUUUAAAACUAUGUUCACAUUUUAUUAAUAUAGCUGUAGUUUGUUUUAUAAAAUAAUCAGAUGAGAAGACAUGAAACUGUUUUCUGUCACUCACUGGUCCUGUUCUGUCUUCACCAUCCAUUUAUAGCAAAUGCUUCCACAACAAUACCUAAGCCAUUCUCAACCAUAUUCUGAUCAAACAAAAAUGUGUCAGUGGAUUUGUAUUUACCAUAUCCAAGAGAUAUUGUUGAGGAGACUUUCUUCUUUGAUUCUCUGCUGAAGAAAAAAAGUGCCAUUUAUUAUUUUUUUUUUUUUUUUUCCUGUGUGAAAAUGUGUUUGUGUUUUCAAUAAACGUAUUUACAUCA